AUCAUGCGUCACUUUCCAGUAUAUCACCAGCCUCCUAGUGGCGCGUGUGGAUUUUCCCUUUCUUAAGAGGAACCGUGUGGGCUGUUACCCGUCUCUUAUCAUCCCAAUUCCCUCGUCUCUGAGGCCAACAUUCCCACGAACAACUUAUCUUUCGCCCAGAAACGAGCGAAAGAGCGUGCCUGGAGUUAUUUGCCCCCGGCCGUUUGCAGUCCACUGCGCUUUCCCGGACUAGAGCCUGCACGUGACCGUUUGCCUUGCGUUCAACGUGCGUACAUCACCUCAUCGCACGUACAGAGCAAGCGCGUUCGAUUUACCACACCUGCUGCCAAACAAUACUUCCCAGACUCCUCCUUCCUCUCCGCCCUCACCCACAUUCGCCCUCGCUGGUCCAACAAUUCCAUUCGUUCCAAGUUCAUCCCACCCUCUCCACGGUAGAUAGCUUCCUCACCCCCUCGCCAUGAAGACUUCCGCUCUGCUCGCCGCCAUUGGCGCAGCAUCACUGGCCGUCGCCUCCCCCGUUCUGCCCUCACGGACCCAGCCCAUCAAGGUCGAAGCUCGCCAGGCUGAUGGUACCACUCCCCCAUGUGCCAAGGUCUCCAACUACGUCUACGGUAAUGGAACACAACCCGCUCAGCUCAGUAUGCCUGCCCAGUUGGCCUGGGACUGCAUCAACACCGUUCCCUUCAACGCCUCAUCAGCAAAGCGGCUUAUUGGAGCGAUGCGUCCCUAUAUUGAGUGGCAGAGCACCCUCUCUGAGCUCAAGAACCCGCCUGCCGAGUACGCCGAGAAGGUGCAGCCUCCCGUCGACAUCUUCGGUGGUCUCGAUAAGAUCGAGGACGACAUUGACGCCGGCAACUUCAAGAACGAGUACGACUUUGGCUGGACUCUCUACAACCUUAUCCUUUCUGCCCACGAUGGUCACUUCUCGUAUAUCCCGGACUCCGUCGGUUCUAUCUUCACAUGGGGCCGCCCUAUUCCCCUAGUCUCUGUCUCUGAAGAUGGAGAACAGUUGCCAGCUGUCUUCGUCUUCACCGACGUACUCGGUAUGCAAUACAAGAACAUCUCCUACACGCCAUCGCCUGUUGUGCAAAUUGACGGCAAGGACGUGACCGAGUUCCUCGAGGACCUCAGUCAGUAUGGCUCUCUUCAAGAUCGAGACGCUCUCUACAACAACGUCUUUUACGAGCUCGCCCAAGUUAGCCUUGGUUCCUCGGGUAGUGGAACCGGUGUCUUCACUGGAGGUGGCCGUGGACGAUGGGUUUACCCUGGUGCCACCACAACCCUGACCUUCGCCAACGGCACAUCCUACACUAUGGAAAACUACGCCCGCCCAACCAUUCCUUUCCGCGAGAUUGCUACUGGUGAAGACCUGGCUAGGAAGUGGUUCAGCUUUGACUCCGCAGGUGCUUCAUUUGCCGAUACCCGUGUCCAGUCGGAGGAAGAGGAGGUAUCUACCCUCGCUGUUGGUGCCGCUACUCCUGGUUUCCCCGCUCCUGUCGCCGCUGGCCCCCAGGGUCUCAUUAACGGCUUCUACAUCGACGCCCCUGGUUAUGAAGACGUUGCGGUAUUGCAGGUGCCCAACUUCGUCGGAAAUACCCGCGCAGAGGUGCCCUUCCAGGAGCUCACCCAGAACUUCAUCCCCAAGGCUCUCGCCGACGGAAAGACUAAGCUCAUCAUCGAUCUUCAAGCCAACGGUGGUGGUACUAUUCUCCAAGGCUACGACAUGUUCAAGCAGUUGUUUCCUGAUAUGGAACCUCUCGGCACCAACCGCUGGAGGGCGCAUCAGGCUAUGGACCUCGUCGGACAGUCUUUCAGCAAGUUUGGGAGCCAAUUUCCCAGGGAGCUCGGCAACAACAAUACGAUCAGUUUUGCGCAGUCUUCUUACUUCGACUACCACAUGGACAUGAAGGCUGAUGGUACUCCAUUCUCCUCCUGGGACGAGAAGAUGGGCCCUAAAGAGGUUAAUGGAGAGCUAUACACCACAGAGGCUCGAUGGAAUCUGUCUGAUGUAUACGUCCCCUACGUAUCUGGUGGCAUCAAUGUCACUGGCUACGGACCCUUGUCGGGCGUUACCGGACCACCUAAGUUCGCACCCGAGAACAUCGUCAUCGUGACCGACGGUUACUGUGCCUCAACCUGCACUAUAUUCAGUGAGUUGAUGAAGCAACAGGGCGGUGUCAAGACCAUCGCGAUGGGUGGCCGCAGCAACAAGAACCCCAUCCAGGCCAUUGGCGGUGUCAAGGGUGUCAACAACUUUGCUUUCGGCUUCAUCCAGCAGACCGUCCAGUACGCCGUCAGGUUCGAUCCUUCGCUCAAUUCAUCCAUCUUGAGGGAAGACUAUUACAGCGACGUCGUUUUCGCCCGCAGCGUCGGUGGAGGUGGAGCCGUCAACACCCGCGACGGCCUCCGCGCAAACGACACGUCCGGUGUCGCCCUCCAGUUCCAAUACGAGGAGGCCGACUGCCGUCUCUACUACACUCCGGAGAUGACUGUUGACAUCACUGCCCUAUGGAAGUCUGCCGCAGACGCCCAAUGGAGCAACAACGGCAAAUGCGUCAACGGCGCCCGUUCCGCCGACGAAAAGCGCGCCACCCCCAAGGCCAUGAAGAUCACGACCAAACUCAGCCCACCCGUAGGACGCGUACGCGUCGCGGAUGUAGACAACCGCAUGCACGCAUUUGAAAAGAGUUUCGAGCUGGAGACGGAGUGCAAGCUCAAGGGUAACGGUUUCAUGGAGCCGUAAGCGUGGUUUCCAUACCUACGAGGCUUCUGUAGGGUCUGCUUUCAUCACGGUUGUUUUCCCAAUCCAGCGUGGAGUUCUUGGCGCCGAAAAAGGGACGUCUUAGUAGUCCCAUAAUGUGUAUUGUUUUGGAAUGGUAUGAGAUGGGAACGCUACGGAGAGGUACUUAGCAUGUUAGACCGCGUGGUGCAAUUGAAAUACCCCCUAUGAUUCGAUGAUUUGAACGUUGUCUUUGGAGUCUACAACGUGAUUUCUUGUCUAUUACGCCACGCAAUGAUUGUCUGUGUAGAAUACAUUGCGACGCCGUGUC